UUAACUAACUGCCCCAGACCUUCAUUUCUCGAAGUUAUGGCUGGCCAUGGUGCCCCAGAAGAAGGCUCCAAUGCUUUAUGUGGCAAUCCCAUCACCCUUUCAAGCUUCUACAAUGAGAUCAUGGCACCUGCAAGUACAGCCAUCCGUCACCUUCUGAGGAUUCUCCGACUAAAAACUUCAAGCCAAGGUGCUCCACAAGAAUGCUCUAACGCUUCUUACAGUAAGCCCAACACGCUUUCCCGCUUCUACAAUGGAAUAUAUGCAACCGCAAGUACAACCAUUCGUCACCUUAUGAGAAGUCUCGAACAAAUUACUUCAAUCCAAGGUCCAGACCAAAGCCCGACAGCUCCGCCACCUCCACCGUCGAUCCGUCAUCCCUCUCCCCCGCACUGUAACAUCUCCAUCAGCAAACCAGCCAACUGGCCACUCCUCCCUCCUUAUCUCCUCAUCAUCAUCACCGAAAAACUCUUCGUGGACGACAUCAUCCGCCUUACUGCUGUCUGCAAAACCUGGGCCUGGUCCCUCGGACUGCCACACAAAGGCUGGCCAAAUCCACCUCGCUACCGCGCAUCCUUCGUUCCCAUCCCACCCUCCGUUCCAUGGAUGCUCCUCCCCAACCAAAACAGCGAGCAAGCAGACUUCAUCUCUUUCCUCAAACUCUCCGACAGCCAGCUUCAACUAAUCUCCCCUGUUCCAGAAAUGGUUGGCCGCCGUUGCGUCGGCGCUUCGCCGGAUGGAUGGCUGGUGACCCUCGACCUCGACCUCAAUCCCCGAGUCCUGAACCCCCUCACCCGUGAAGAGCUCCCUCUCCCUUCCCUCUUCUCCCUCUUCUCCAAUCCCGCCGAAGUCACAUUCCUCCAUGAUAACCCUGAUGGCUUCCUGGUAGGAUUCUUCACCAAGCACGCGGCCACCGGUGCAGAAAGCUAUCACGCCAGAGAAUGCUUUCGCGACGCAUAUUUCUUAAAGAUUGUUCUGACCUCCUCUCCACCUUUCGGCGUAGCAACGGUGUUUUAUGGGAUCGAAUCACUUCAGACCCAACUAGCUUUUGCCAGAGUCGGAGAUGUGGCAUGGACCCCUGUUCCGGUCUCCAGCGAGCUCUCCAGUAGAAUCGAGGAUGUGAUGUACCGUAAGGAAGAUCAGAGUAUAUGCCAUGAACUCAUCCGGCUGUUUGAUGUUCUUCGAUCUGCAUAUAUGUGAUUGGCCGAGCGGAUUAUGGAAAUCUCCUGAACCUCUCCCGAUGAAGCCGACAGUCGUGGCACAUAUUAAAGGCGAGAUCUUUCGGAUUAACAGGUGAAGUCAUCUUGUAUUUUUGUCUGGUGGUUUUCUGCGGAUCUGUAGAAGUGUAAAUGCUUAUAUGGAUUGGGAAGCUGAAAUGUUAAGGCUUGGGCUGUCACUGGAAGAUGAAGAUGAAGAUGUGAAUGUGGAUGAGGAUGAGGAUGAGCCAAAUGUCAUGUCGAAAACUUGCGAUAUCAGAAUCACAAAGCUUGAUCGGACGAUAAAGGAACCAAGGAUGGAGUCUGGGUGGAUUCCAACAAAUGCAAGUGAUUUGGAUAAUCGAGCAAUAUUUGUUGGC